AUGCUCUUCCAGUUGGAAUUCUUUGUCUACUUUCCUGUCAAGUUUUGCAAAAAACCCCCCAAGAAUUAUAUCCCGGACAUCGAGCUGGAAGAACGCUAUACUAUCUCAGCCCAAUUCACCAUCGCCCAAGAAGGGCAGACACUUGCCAGACAGUUUUCCCAUCCCUACAAAAAAGUGGGAGAAGACGACCAGGAGUAUGCAAAGAGCCUCUACUGGCGGAACGCAGCUUUCGCGGCUCACUUUCAACCCGGGUCGGCUAGAAGAAAGGAUAGGGCACUCGACCAGUAUUCGUCACCAAAGAGCAUGGCAGUGGGCCGAGUAAGACCUUCAGUUAAGCACUGUGGGGCGGCCUUUGUCUCCUCUGCACUAGAUCUGCGCGGUUUCGCACAAAUAAAACCUGAGGGUAGUGAUGGUAGCGUCAACACCGGUGGCGCAGCAGCCGCUUUGAAAACCAUUCCCACCUUCUUCGAUGGUGGCGCCGCGGAUGAACUUCUCCCUUGUCCACCUUUUCCUUCGCCUUCCCUCUUGCCAUCCUUUCGACGUCUACAAUCGUCACGGUGA